CGUCCUGAACACCCGCCCCCCGAGGAGACGAUGGUGUGUCCCCCACCCAUCCGGACCCCCUUGACGGACAUGACCGGCCCCAUCGGACAUCAAGUCAUGGGCCAGUGUGUCCCCUUCAAUUUGAGGUGGUUGGAUUGCCUCCAAGCGCACGGAGCGUUCCAGGGGAAGAAAAAGUGCAAGUUCCUGUACCAAGACUUCGCAGAGUGCGUCGGGCAGUACAAACAGCUCCAACGUGUGACGCACAUAAAGAUCGAACGGGAUCGUCAAUGGCUCAUGGGUCAGCUGGGAAAGGGGCCGAAGAUCGAUUUGUGGUCGAAAAAUGUUCCCACCUACGAUGCGUUCCUUCCCGAUUAUGAUUUGGUGGAUCCUUGAAGGAGGAAUUCAUUUGUAGUGAUUGUAAUUAUGGAAAUUGUAGAGAGAGUCGUGUGUAAAUUUUUUUGUGUGGAAAUCAUGGGGGAGAGAGAGAAAUAAAUAGUUGAUUAUUUAUAUUUAAUUGGUUUUAAUGGUCAA